AUGGAGGGCACCAGGGCCGCCAUCUUGGCGCCGGUCAGAAGCGACGCCCCUCGGCGGGAUCGGAAGCGGCGUGUCGGGGGUCCGGUAAGGAAGGGGGGGGUCUGCCAGAACAGGACCACCUCCCCACAUGGGGAGCGCACCUCGGACGGCGAGAGGGAGCCGGAGUCAGCCUUGAAGGAACUGAAACCACGCCCACUGCUGAAGGGGCUGGGUAAAUGGGAGACUGAGGGGGAGCGAGGAGCGGAGGUGUCACCUGAGGGGGAGGAUGGCCUUUGCUCCUGGGACAUGGACUCUCAGGACGACGAGGCGCAGCAGCAGGAGAAAGAGGAGGAGAACCAGAAACAGAAGAAGGGGAGUAGUAACAGCCCUGCCCCCUCCAGCAGCUGCACAGGUGAGAGAGACACAUACACACUCACACAAUUGAAAUACUGUGGACAGUAUCAUAAACGUUAUACUAGUUGAUGAUGAUUAGUGAAAUGUUUCACCAUGUGUGCUACGUCUGUGUUGAUCAGCCAAUGACAGGGGUGUUCUUAUAGUACGAACACACAGCAUCACAUUUCACUCUAUUUAUACUCGCACAGUAAAGUGUUUACUUUUAGACAUGGCUCCUAUAACUAGUGAGUCCCCUUGUUGACUUGAAAUAACUGUGUUCCAAUCUAGAACUCAAUGUUCCGAUGUGUACUGAACAAAAGCAAGACACCCCCAAUAAAGGACUGGUCUUGCAGGUGGUGACCACAGACCACUUCUCAGUUCCUAUGUUUCCUGGCUGAUGUUUUGGUCACUUUUGAAUGCUGGCGGUGCUUUCACUCUAGUGGUAGCAUGAGAUGGAGUCUACAACCCACACAAGUGGCUCAGGUAGUGCAGCUCAUCCAGGAUGGCACAUCAAUGCGAGCUGUGGGAAGAAGGUUUGCUGUGUCUGUCAGCGUAGUGUCCAGAGCAUGGAGGCGCCACCAGGAGACAGGCCAGUACACCAGCAGACGUGGAGGAGGCAGUAGGAGGGCAACAACCCAGCAGCAGGACUGCUACCUCCGCCUUUGUGCAAGGAGGAGCACUGCCAGAGCCCUGCAAAAUGACCUCCAGCAGGCCACAAAUGUGCAUGUGUCUGCUCAAACGGUCAGAAACAGACUCCAUGAGGGUGGUAUGAGGGCCCGACAUCCACAGGUGGGGGUUGUGCUUACAGCCUAACACCGUGCAGGACGUUUGGCAUUUGCCAGAGAACACCAAGAUUGGCAAAUUCGCCACUGGCGCCCUGUGCCCUUCACAGAUGAAAGCAGGUUCACACUGAGCACGUGACAGACGUGACAGAGUCUGGAGACGCCGUGGAGAACAUUCUGCUGCCUGCAACAUCCUCCAGCAUGACCAGUGUGGCGGUGGGUCAGUCAUGGUGCGGGGUGGCAUUUCUUUGGGGGGCCGCACAGCCCUCCAUGUGCUCGCCAGAGGUAGCCUGAUUGCCAUUAGGUACCGAGAUGAGAUCCUCAGACCCCUUGUGAGACCAUAUGCUGGUGCGGUUGGCCCUGGGUUCCUCCUAAUGCAAGACAAUGCUAGACCUCAUGUGGCUGGAGUGUGUCAGCAGUUCCUGCAAGAGGAAGGCAUUGAUGCUAUGGACUGGCCCGCCCGUUCCCCAGACCUGAAUCCAAUUGAGCACAUCUGGGACAUCAUGUCUCGCUCCAUCCACCAACGCCACGUUGCACCAUAAACGCAACAUGUAAACUGUUGGUCCGAAGUUUCAUGAGCUGAAAUAAAAGAUCCCAGAAAUGUUCCAUGUGCACAAAAACCUUAUUUCUCUCAAAUUUUGUGCACAUAAACUCAGCAAAAAAAGAAACAUCCUCUCACUGUCAACUGCGUUUAUUUUCAGCAAAUUUAACGUGUAAAUAUUUGUAUGAACAUAACAAGAUUCAACAACUGAGACAUAAAAAAAAUGUGACUAACAGAAAUUGAAUAAUGUGUCCCUGAAGAAAGGGGGGGGUCAAAAGUAAGUCAGUAUCUGGUGUGGCCACCAGCUGCAUUAAGUACUGCAGUGCACCUCCUCCUCCUCAUGGACUGCACCAGAUUUGCCAGUUCUUGCUGUGAGAUGUUACCCCACUCAUCCACUAAGGCACCUGCAAGUUCCCAGACAUUUCUGGGGGGGAAUGGCCCUAGCCCUCACCCUCCGAUCCAACAGGUCCCAGACGUGCUCAAUGGGAUUGACAUCCGGGCUCUUCGCUGGCCGUGGCAGAACACUGACAUUCCUGUCUUGCAGGAAAUCACGCACAGAAUGAGCAGUAUAGCUGGUGGCAUUGUCAUGCUGGAGGGUCAUGUCAGGAUGAGCCUGCAGGAAGGGUACCACAUGAGGGAGGAGGAUGUCUUCCCUGUAACGCACAGUGUUGAGAUUGCCUGCAAUGACAACAAGCUCAGUCCGAUGAUGCCGCUCCAGAGUACAGGCCUCGGUGUAACGCUUAUUCCUUCGACGAUAAACACGAAUCCGACUAUCACCCCUGGUGAGACAAAACCGCAACUCGUCAGUGAAGAGCACUUUUUGCCAGUCCUGUCUGGUCCAGCGACGGUGGGUUUGUGCCCAUAGGCGACGUUGUUGCCGGUGAUGUCUGGUGAGGACCUGCCUUACAACAGGCCUACAAGCCCUCAGUCCAACCUCUCUCAGCCUAUUGUGGACAGUCUGAGCACUGAUGGAGGGAUUGUGCGUUCCUGGUGUAACUUGGGCAGUUGUUGCCAUCCUGUCCCUGUCCCACAGGUGUGAUGUACGGAUGUACCGAUCCUGUGCAGGUGUUGUUACACGUGGUCUGCCACUGCGAGGACGAUCAGCUGUCUCCCUGUAGCGCUGUCUUAGGCGUCUCACAGUACGGACAUUGCAAUUUAUUGCCCUGGCCACAUCUGCAGUCCUCAUGCCUCCUUGCAGCAUGCCUUAGGCAUGUUCAUGCAGAUGAGCAGGGACCCUGGGCAUCUUUCUUUUGGUGUUUUUCAGAGUCAGUAGAAAGGCCUCUUUAGUGUCCUAAGUUUUCAUAACUGUGACCUUAAUUGCCGUCUGUAAGCUGUUAGUGUCUUAACGACCGUUCCACAGGUGCAUGUUCAUUUAAUUGUGUAUGGUUCAUUGAACAAGCAAGGGAAACAAUGAAGAUCUGUGAAGUUAUUUUGAUAUUUACAAAUUAUCUUUGAAAGACAGGGUCCUGAUAAAGGGACGUUUCUUUUUUUGCUGAGUUUAUUUGUUUACUUCCCUGUUAGUGAGCAUUUAUCCUUUGCCAAGAUAAUCCAUCCACCUAACAGAUGUGGCAUAUCAAGAAGCUGAUUAAACGGCAUGAUCAUUACACAGGUGCACCUUGUGCUGGGGACAAUGAAGACCACUAAAACGUGCAGUUAUGUCACACAACACAAUGCCACAGAUGUCUGAAUUUUUGCGGGAGUGUUCAAUUGGCAUGCUACUGCAGGAAUGUCCACCAGAGCGUGCCCCAUUGUGGCAGUGGGGUUAUGGUAUGGGCAGGCAUAAGCUACGGACAACGAAUACAAUUGCAUUUUAUCGAUAAUGCACGGCCCUAUGUCGCAAGGAUCUGUACAAUUCCUGGAAUCUGAAAAUGACCCAGUUCUUCUAUGGUCUGCAUACUCCAGACAUGUCACCCAUUGAGCAUGUUUGGGAUGCUCUGGAUUUAUGUGUAUGUCAGGGUGUUCCAGUUCCUGCCAAUUUCCAGCAACUUUACACAGCCAUUGAAGAGGAGUGGGGACAACAUUCCACAGGCCACAAUCAACAGCUUGAUCAACUCUAUGCGAAGGUGAUGUGUUGCGCUGCGUGAGGCAAAUGGUGAUCACACCAGAUACUGACUGGUUUUCUGAUCCAUGCUCCUACUUACUUUUUUUAAGGUAUCGGUGACCGACAGUUUCAUGUCUGUAUUCCCAGUCAUGUGAAAUCCAUAGAUUAGGGCCUAAUUAAUUUAAAUGGACUGAUUUCCUUUUAUGAACAAAAUCUUUGAAAUUGUUGCAUGUUGCGUUUAUAUUUUUGUUCAGUGUAGAACUGUGUUCUGACGCGUAUCGGGAUAUUAUUUUUGACGUUAUAUCGUAUAGUUUUGACUAUUGCAAUAUUGUUUUUGUUUUAGUUUGCUGUACCUGCACCAAAACUCCAGUAUUUUUCAUUCAUAGCCUCAUUAUAAUUUUUUUAAAGGUGGGAAACAAGCUAUGAAUUAAAAAUACUGAAGUUUUGGUGCAGGUACAGCAAACUAGACCAAAACUAAAUGAUAUAUCGUCAAAUCUGUUUUCAGCACUUUUAUUUACAGUGAGGGAAAAGUAUUUGAUCCUCUGCUGAUUUUGUACGUUUGCCCACUGACAAAGACAUGAUCAGUCUUUAAUUUUAAUGGUAGGUUUAUUUGAACAGUGAGAGACAGAAUAACAACAACAAAAUCCAGAAAAAUGCAUGUCAAAAAUGUUAUAAAUUGAUUUGCAUUUUAAUGAGGGAAAUAAGUAUUUGACCCCUCUGCAAAACAUGACUUAGUACUUGGUGGCAAAACCCUUGUUGGCAAUCAGAGGUCAGAUGUUUCUUGUAGUUGGCCACCAGGUGUGCACACAUCUCAGGAGGGAUUUUUGUCCCACUCCUCUUUGCAGAUCUUCUCCAAGUCAUUAAGGUUUCGAGGCUGACGUUUGGCAACUCGAACCUUCAGCUCCCUCCACAGAUUUUCUAUGGGCUUAAGGCAGGGGUGUCAAACGUCCGGCCCGCGGGCCAGAUCAGGCCCGCAAACGGGUUUAAUCCGGCCCGCGAGAUGAUUUUGUAAAGUAUAAAAAUGAGCUGCAAUUUUUCAAUAAAAUGAACUGCUGUUCCAAUUGCGUCCACUGGAUGGCGCAAUAGCAAUUGUGUUAAGCAAGCAAACUGUUUAUACCGGGGCAGAGCAAGUAGGUCAAGCAAGUGCAGCCAGUCCGGAUGAGCUACUUUGUUUUGCCCGCGAUAUUUAUUACGGCUUCUACUUUUAACAUUAUGUGCUUAGGCACCCUCAUUGCCCCAAUAUGUCUCUGUCAAAAAAGAGAAAAGUGGAUGCAGAGUGUUCCAAGAAAAAUGGUCAUCCUCCUAUUUAUUCACGGAAUUGAAUGGGAAAGCUGUAUGUUUGGUGUGUUCACAGCAUGUUGCAGUGCUGAAAGAAUAUAACCUUCGUCGCCACUAUGUGAGUCUUCAUGCCGACAAAUAUGACAACUUUCAAGGACAGCGGAGAAGAGAGAAGGUGAAUGAACUGUUGGCGGGUCUGAAGAAACAGCAGUCUGUGUUUUACUCACAGCAGAGACAGCAGUGACGCUGCAGUGAAAGCUAGCUACCUCAUUGCUAAUGAAAUCGCAGUGGCUUCAAAACAAUUUAGUGAGGGUGAAUUUGUAAAAACAUGCAUGAUGAAGGCAGCGGAGAUUGUGUGCCCUGAAAAGCGCCAGGCUUUUGCAAAUAUCAGCCUGACAAGAAACACAGUUGCAGACAGGAUUUCCGAUCUUUCAGUGGAUUUGGACAGCCAGUUGAAGCAAAAAGUAAAGUCAUUUAUUGCAUUUUAGGUUGCAAUUGAUGAAAGCACGGACGUUACAGAUGUUGCACAACUGGCCAUUUUCAUCCGCGGAGUUGAUGACACAUUAACCGUCACAGAGGAGUUUGUGGAGUUGGUGCCGAUGACAGAUACAACGACAGCAGCUGAUAUUUUCACCGCACUCGUCGGCACGCUGGACAGGGUCGGAGUGGACUGGUCCCGCGCUGUCAGCCUGGCUACAGAUGGUGCGCCCUUAAUGAUCGGGAAAAAGCAGACGUUGUGACAAAGUUCAGAGAAAGUGCAAUCUGCAAAUGGAGGACAUGAUUUUUGGACUAUUCACUGUAUUUUGCACCAGGAGGCUUUGUGUUGCAAGUCAUUAAAGAUGGAUAACGUCAUGAAGGUGGUCAUCCAAACUGUUAAUUUCAUCCGAUCCGGAAGCCUGAAUCACCGUCAGUUUGACAGCCUUCUCAGAGAGAAAGACCACAUCUAUGGCCUGCCAUACCACACUGAGGUAAGAUGGUUAAGCCGAGGUGCUGUGCUGAGGCGUUUCUUUGAUUUACGAGAAGAAAUUGAACAGUUCAUGGAAGAAAAGGGCAAACCAGUGUUAGAAUUUAAUUCCGCAGAAUGGAUGCAGGACCUAGGACCUUGCAUUUAUGGUGGAUGUUACAGAGCACCUGAAUAACUUGAACAAACAGCUACAAGGGCGCAACAAAGUUGUCACGCAGUAUUAUGACAGCAUACGUUCUUUCAAGUUGAAGCUGUCAUUGUGGGAGACGCAACUCGCCGGUGGUGAUGCAGCUCACUUCCCCUGUCUGAAAAAUGUGUGCGCGACCCAACAUGUGGCAGACAUGAAGCGGUUCAAAGAUAAAAUAACGGGACUGUUACGGAAGUUUGAGCAACGCUUUCAUAUUUAUGGUGAACUGGAGAAAGACUUCAAAGAUUUUUGCUCGCCAUUCACCGUGAAUCCCUCUGAUCUGCCCGUCAGCAUCCAACUUGAAAUAAUAGACUUGCAGUGUGACUCGGAUCUGAAGGGAAAAUUUUCCGCAGCUGGCUUGGACACAUUUUAUCAGAAUCUCUUGCCAGGUUACCCCAACUUGACAGCCCUCACUGCAAAACUGUUGUGCAUGUUUGGAACCACAUAUCUUUGUGAGCAAGUUUUCUCUGUAAUGAGCAUAAAUAAAACAAAGCUGCGCUCAAGGCUCACGCACAAGCACUUGAAUCACAUCCUGAAGUUGGAUGCGCUGGUGAAAGCUAAAAGAUGCCAGGUAUCAGGAGUCAAAAACUAUGCAACCCCACUUAAAGUGCUGCAUGAGACACCCUGAUAUAGUUCUGUGAUCUGUGAUAUACUUCUGUGAAUCACUGAGGCAUUGUGUGUUUGUGUGUUCUUUGUCCUCAGAAUUUUCAAAUAACUUGAGGGGUUUUAUGAUUAAUAGUGAUGUUGUGCUUUUGGACACACUGUCCUCAGGCUCCAGCUUUAUGUUUUUAUGUUGAUGUGCUUUUGUUUUUAAUUGAUUUUGAUUUGAUUUGUAUAUUUAACCUAUUCUUGACUCUGUGGUUCUUGCACUUGUUUGGGGAACAGGAUUUCAUUAUUUUUAUCUAAAUUUCUGCCUGAGAAAUGACACCCUGAUAUAGUUCUGUGAUCUGUGAAACAGUUCUGUGAAUCACUGAGGCAUUGUGUGUUUGUGUUCUUUUUCUUUAGAAUUUUCAAAUAAACUUGGUGUUUUAUGAUUAAUAGUGAUGUUGUGCUUGUACUAUUUUGGACACACUGUCCUCAGGCUCCAGCUUUAUGUUUUAUGUUGAUCGUAUUAAAACAAGGAAAACAAUCUGAAGUUGUUGUUUUUAAGUUAUAUAUAUACCAUGAUUUUACCGGUCCGGCCCACUUGGGAAUAGAUUUUCCUCCAUGUGGCCCCUGAGCUAAAUUGAGUUUGACACCCCUGGCUUAAGGUCUGGAGAAUGGCUAGGCCACUCCAGGAAAUAAGUAUUUGACCCCUCUGCAAAACAUGACUUAGGACUUGGUGGCAAAACCCUUGUUGGCAAUCACAGAGGUCAGACGUUUCUUGUAGUUGGCCACCUGGUUUAAACACAUCUCAGGAGGGAUUUUGUCCCACUCCUCUUUGCAGAUCUUCUCCAAGUCAUUAAGGUUUCGAGGCUAACGUUUGGCAACUCGAACCUUCAGCUCCCUCCACGGAUUUUCUAUGGGAUUAAGGUCUGGAGACUGGCUAGGCCACUCCAGGACCUUAAUGUGCUUCUUCUUGAGCCACUCCUUUGUUGUCUUGGCCGUGUGUUUUGGGUCAUUGUCAUGCUGGAAUACCCAUCCACGACCCAUUUUCAAUGCCCUGGCUGAGGGAAGGAGGUUCUCACCCAAGAUUUGACGGUACAUGGCCCCGUCCAUCGUCCCUUUAAUGCGGUGAAGUUGUCCGUGUCCCCUUAGCAGAAAAACACCCCCAAAGCAUAAUGUUUCAACCUCCAUGUUUGACGGUGGGGAUGGUGUUCUUGGGGUCAUAGGCAGCAUUCCUCCUCCUCCAAACACGGCGAGUUGAGUUGAUGCCAAAGAGCUCGAUUUUGGUCUCAUCUGACCACAACAAUUUCACCCAGUUCUCCUCUGAAUCAUUCAGAUGUUCAUUGGCAAACUUCAGACGGGCCUGUAUAUGUGCUUUUUUGAGCAGGGGGACCUUGCGGGCGCUGAAGGAUUUCAGUCCUUCACUGCGUAGUGUGUUACCAAUUGUUUUCUUGGUGACUAUGGUCCCAGCUGCCUUGAGAUCAUUGACCAGAUCCUCCCGUGUAGUUCUGGGCUGAUUCCUCACCGUUCUCAUGAUCAUUGCAACUCCAGGAGGUGAGAUCUUGCAUGGAGCCCCAGGCCGAGGGAGAUUGACAGUUAUUUUGUGUUUCUUCCAUUUGCGAAUAAUCGCACCAACUGUUGUCACCUUCUCACCAAGCUGCUUGGCGAUGGUCUUGUAGCCCAUUCCAGCCUUGUGUAGGUCUACAAUCUUGCCCCUGACAUCCUUGGAGAGCUCUUUGGUCUUGGCCAUGGUGGAGAGUUUGGAAUCUGAUUGAUUGCUUCUGUGGACAGGUGUCUUUUAUACAGGUAACAAGCUGAGCUUAGGAGCACUCCCUUUAAGAGUGUGCUCCUAAUCUCAGCUCGUUACCUGUAUAAAAGACACCUGGGAGCCAGAAAUAUUUCUGAUUGAGAGGGGGUCAAAUACUUAUUUCCCUCAUUAAAAUGCAAAUCAAUUCAUAACAUUUUUGACAUGCGUUUUUCUGGAUUUUUUUGUUGUUAUUCUGUCUCUCACUGUUCAAAUAAACCUGCCAUUAAAAUUAUAGACUGAUCAUGUCUUUGUCAGUGGGCAAACAUACAAAAUCAGCAGGGGAUCAAAUACUUUUUUCCCCUCACUGUACAUGACUGAUGGCACUCUCUUGUCCCUCGGCAGCAUACAUGAGAAAUAUGUUUUAAUUGCCACACCCACCACCUAAGCCCCUUUUUGAUCCAGAAAAAACCCUGGAUAAUAUCGUAUCAUGAGGUCUCUGGCAAUUCCCAGCCCUAGAACUCAGUGUCCGGACCUAGAACUCAGUGUUCGGAUCUAGAGCCCAGGGGUCGAGUUCUGUGUUUUGAUCUCACAUACUCACACAUAGACUUUCACACUCACCACAUACGCUGCUGUCUAUUAUCUAUCCUGUUGCCUACUCACUUUACGCCUACCUACACUAAGUGUACAAAACAUUAAGAACACCUUCCUAGUAUUGAGUUGCACCCCCUCCUUUUGCCCUCAAAACAGGCUCAAUUUGUCGAGGCAUGGACUCUACAAGAUGUCGAAAGCGUUCCACAGGGAUUCUGGCCCAUGUUGACUCCAAUGCUUCCCACAGAUGUCAAGUUGGCUGGAUGUCCUUUGGGUGGUGGGCCAUUCUUGAUACACACGGGAAACUGUUGAGCGUGAAAAACACCGUAGCGUUGCAGUUCUUGACACACAAACCAGUGCACCUGGCAACUACUACCAUACCCCAUACAAAGGCACUUAAAUAUUUUGUCUUGCCCAUUCACCCUCUGAAUGGCACACAUACACAAUCCAUGUCUCAAUAUUCUCAAGGCUUAAACUCCUUCUUUAACCUGGUCUCCUCCCCUUCAUCUAGACUGAUUUGAAGUGGAUUUAACAAGUGACAUCAAUAAGGGAUCAUAGCUUUCACCUGGAUUCACCUGGUCAGUCUAUGUCAUGGAAAGAGCAUAAUGUUCAUAAUGUUUUGUACACUCAGUCUGUAUGUACAUAGCUACCUCAGUUACCUGAAUGCCUGCACAUCAACUCGGUACUGGUACUCACUGUAUAUAGCUAUGUUAUUUUUACUCGUUAUUGUUAUUCGUUAUUCACUGUGUUAAUAUAUAUCUUUCACUCAGCAUUGUUGGAAAAGGACCUGUGAGUAAGCAUUUCACUAAGUUUACACCUGUUUUCGAAGCAUGUGAAAAAUAAAAUAUGAUUUUGAUCUAGAACUUGGUGUGCUGAUCUAGAACUCAAUGCCGCAAUCUAGAACUGUUUUCACUGUACAGUCGGCCUUUACCUCCAUUUUGUCUGUAUUUAUACUCCCCAAGAGAAAAGUGGUGCUCAGUAGCCUGUCAUUGUUUUCCAGUAAAAAACGUAGGGGCAGAUUCCGACUUAGGAAUUUACGCCUUUCCUACGCACUUCUCAGUAUUUGGUAUUCAGACUCUCAGAUUCUCAUUCUUAAGUUCUAGGUUAGAAUACGCAUAAAGAGAAAAGUGCAUAAAAAUGCAAAUACGUUCCUUUUACGUACGCUUAACUCGGGUCGGAAUCGGGGACAUUAUGCAUACUCAGAUUUGUGUGAAAUUUGCUGUUGAAGUAAGGCACAUGGAGGACAACACCUACAGUGUGACCAGUCAGUCACGGGCUGAUGUGACAAUGCCUGUAAAGAGAGGGCUUUAUAUGACUAUUACAUUACAACAGUGAAUUCUCCAUUGAGAUCAUUGUGGUGAGAAGAAGAGUCACUUUGCUAAGUCAUGAUAAUGAAAUCCUGAAAUCCUCACAGGAGGUCCAAAGACUGUGCAACAAUUUCUUCUCACAUAACACACUCACAUAACACAUGGAGCUACUCAGAAAAGACUCCCCAAUGUUAAAUCUGGUUUCCCUUGACACUGAUUUGAGUUGGGCCUACAUGUUUCAUACCCAGCUGUGAUGGCUCGAACAGGGUAAAUAAAACUAAUAAAAUCAAACUUUAUUUAAAAAAACUAUCUCAAUGUACUUUACCAUACUCCUCUUCACAACCUUGACACAGCCUAGCUUAUAAACCAAAGUUUGGCAAGUAGCCUUAACUUAAUUUGCAGGCCUAGAUCUCAUCAACAAACGGCUUUAGAAUGGCAAGCCUUGUGUCCUUGUGAGAGGGCCGUUGACUUCUACAGAUACAGAUACCCUUUGAUACGGAGCGCUGCCUGGCUGUUUGUGUUUGUUUAACGGCAGAUAGAUCGUUAUCUCUAGUCCACUUCCACACAUACGCACACACACAUGCGCAGUUACAUACGCAUGCACACUUACCCACAAACACCCUCAGUACAUGGAGCAGUUCAGUGUGUCCCAUUUAAAGGGCUCUGAUGGUGUUCACAUUGAGCUGCUCUCAAUCAGAGCAAUCAGACCAACCACAGUUAGACCAGCCAGCUACUGUAACCACUGUGUCCUCCACCAGUGGCCCCUGAGACAUCCUCCAUGGUUGCUGCAACAGAACUAGGUGGAGGUCUGGAAGUAAUGGAAGGAGAAACCUUGUUUGGGAAACCCUGGUCUAGAGGGCUAUGUAUACAUUCUUUCCUGUUUUCUCCAGUAUAGGAUAAGUUUCUAUUUCCUACAAUCCGGUCAGAUUUGACCUCCUCUCCCAGCUCUGCCUACCUACAUUUUCCACUCUGGUCAGUAAAGCUAUGCUUGUGUUUGCCUUGGCAGGUGGGAGAAUUCGCAAAGGAACCAGAGUGUGGAUAGGCUGUGGUCUAGUACAAAGGUCAGGCCAGUUGAGGUCUUUCGGUUAAGGGUUUUUUCCGUAAACAUUGAGAAUGAGUCCGACUACACCACGCUCUAUUAGGCUUUUUAGUUUCUUACUGAUCAAUGUAUUACACACGGUACCUGGGCUUCAGGUAAACCGUAUCGCUGCAGACAAGCAACAUCUAGUGUUCCUCUCGAAACGGCGACAGGCUCUGUCACACCACGGCGACAGGCUCUGUCACACCACGGCGACAGGCUCUGUCACACCACGGCGACAGACUCUGUCACACCACGGCAACAGACUCUUGUCACGCAACUUUGCCACUGACACUAAUAACACUCUUCUCAGGUGGUGGGCAACAGGCAACCACCAUGCUUAAAGCGGCAAUCAGCAGUAGAAACAAUAACAAAGUGUACUCCCUGUUUCGGUGAAAAGCUGAAGGAUGGGACUGGUAGAAUGUUACCUCUCUCAAAUUCAUAGACUGAGCUAUGGAUGCAAAGACUGACCAUCCAUGAUAUCAAAAUUAUAGUUUAUCCAUGUUUUGAGGCUAUAUAGAGUUUGUUUACAUUUGCUUUGUUUACAAACAUUGGAGUAAAACAAGCUUAUAUUUUGGUUUCUGAUGGGAUAUGACAGUUAAACUAAGCUCAUGAGUCAUUUAUAAUAUUCUUCGGGAAUCAGUGGGUAUAUAUAAUUGGUCAAGAAAUGGAUGUAGCAACUGCUGAUGGCCCCUUUAAGUGAUGACAGUGGGGGGGGGAACACUGGAGAUAGAAAACAACACCAGAGCUACUCACCGGGUGUGUCCUGCAUGUGACUUUUGUAAAAAAAAAUGCAAAGGAGGCAUAUUAAGGUGGCAAUCAAGGGCUUCACGUUUAAUGGCGGUAAGCAGAAUCUAGGUUAUACAAAUAGAAAAGCAAGUGGACUGAAUUCCCUGUCAUCAAAACCUAGUGUUGGAGUGACUGACACGCAUGCACACUAUGGCUCUUUCUCAAUUCUUUGCAUCCUCUGUCCUCGCCUCCUUCUAAGCCUUCUUGGAGAAGACCCAAGGUCCCUCCCUUCUCACCCUCUUCUCCAAUGGGUUUUGGGAAGGAGGCAAGGAGAGAUGAAUUGAGAGGGAAGUGGUCAUGGAGGCAUGGAGCACCACCUCGGCUGGUUUCGGUCAGUCUGCUCUUGCGGUGUUACUUCUCCUCGUGAUAAAUUCUUCAGGGGCCUAGGCCUCUCCCACACACAGAGAAACUCACUCUCUCGCUGUGUGGCUCUAUGUUGCCUGCCCCGGCUGUGUUGGGUUUCCCAUGCUUUCAUCCUGGCCUAGCCUAGCAGCGCAGCUCUCAGGUUUUUAUCCUAGAAUUAGAACAGAUAGAAUAGAACACCCAUAACAUGGUUCUAACAUGGUUACAUUGAAGUGGAUUGUCCCUCCUACCUACUCUAGUUCUAUGGAGUGGAUAGAACAGCACUCUGUUCCAAAUUCUUAAAACAGAAUAUCCCUCCUAGGCUCCAUUGGGAGAACCCUUUGGCAGGCAGCAGCAGAUAUCAAACCCCAGGGAGGGAACUGGCUGGAACUCACCAGCACUGGGCAGAUUCCUGACACGCUUGCACGUAUAAGAAACAUGCACAUAAGCACACACGUGCACGCACAGCUCACAUUGCACAUAUACAUAAUAUCUUUGAGGUAUUGUUGGUAAAUUGACAUAUAGCCCAGUCAUACCCAGAGCCAUAGAAAAACCCAACUGACUGUCCAGACUGGUGGCACCAACAAUAACUUUUUAAUUUGUAGUCUUGACUCCAGUCUCAUCCUUAUCUUACGUUCAGCUCUUUAUGGUCAUUCCAGUAUUACAGAGAAAUGCAUUCAAUGCUUUCAUAUUACACAUGUUUAUGUGGAUUGUGAAAUAUGAGUUAUUGGACCUUUCAGUAGUCCAAAAUAUAAUACUAGUACAUUUAUAUGAGGAGGAAAUGUUCCUUGUCUGGUCAUGUGAUCAGGACAAACUCCGGUCCCUAGUUAAACUCAGAAAAUAUCCUAUAAUAACAGAACCUCCCCCUGUCUGUCUUUCCAUCUCCAGAUCUGUCCCAGACGUCGUCUCCAUCGCUGUCGGACCAGCUCUUCCUGGGUCGAGAGGAAGGGACUGGGGCCGGGAUCAACGUGGAAUGUCGGAUCUGUGGAGACAAAGCCUCGGGGUUCCACUACGGAGUACACGCCUGUGAAGGCUGCAAGGUGAGGAAGCAGAGGGAAGGGAUGGGGACAUCCCAGGAGACUCCCAGAUGUGUUACACAAUGUUUUGGAGCAGUUCAUUGCAUAAUUCAUGAACUUUUCACAUUUCCAAUCAAAUCUGCUGCUCUUUAUAUCUAUUAAUUUACAUCUAAUAAUUGAUAUCUAAUAAACACUUUUUUUUCUUCCACCCCUCUGCUUACUCUUUCUCUCAGGGGUUUUUCCGGCGGACCAUCCGUAUGAAGCUGGAGUAUGAGCGCUGUGAGCGCAGCUGUAAGAUCCAGAAGAAGAGCAGGAACAAGUGCCAGUACUGUCGCUUCCAGAAGUGCCUGCUGCUAGGCAUGUCCCACGAUGGUGAGACACACUGAUCACCUUUCCAUUCCCACAUUUUUACUUUAGAGAAAGUCAGGGAUGUACCCUAUCUGUGAGUAUCCCCAAUUUAUGGAUGUACACUGAUAGGGGUUUUCCUGGUUGUUCCCAGCGAUCCGGUACGGCCGCAUGCCGGAGGCGGAGAAGAGAAAGCUGGUGGCGGGCCUCCUGGCGGGAGAUACGACUCCGACCACCAACCCCAACGGCUCGGACCUCAAAUCCCUGGCCAAGCAGGUCAACAACGCCUACCUAAAGAACCUCAACAUGACCAAGAAGAAGGCUCGCAGCAUCCUCACCGGCAAGAACAGCGCCAGCCCGGUAGCGUAUCCAUAUGUAAAUUAAAUAUAUUUAAUACUAUAACACUAGCUCAAUACUGUAUCCAUAUGUAAAAAUGAUACAUAUAAUGCAUUAACAACAGGUUAGCUCAAUACCGUAUACAUAUUUCAAUAUGAUGCAUACAGUGCCUUCCUAAAGUAUCCAUACCCCUUGACUUAUUCUACAUUUUGUUGUUAAAGCCUGAAUUCAAAAUUGAUUAAAUAAAUACAAAUUCUCACCCAUCUACAUUUACAUUACAUUUACAUUUUAGUCAUUUAGCAGACGCUCUUAACCAGAGCGACUUACAGGAGCAAUUAGGGUUAAGUGCCUUGCUCAAGGGCAUAUUAACGUCAUUUAGCAGACGCUCUUAGCCAGAGCGACUCACAAAUUGGUGCGUUCACCCUAUAGCCAGUGGGAUAACCACUUUACAAUUUGGGGGGGGGGGGGGGGGGGGGGGGGGGGGGUUAGAAGGAAUACUUUAGCCUAUCCCAGGUAUUCCUUAAAGAGGUGGGGUUUCAAAUGUCUCCGGAAGGUGGUGAGUGACUCCGCUGUCCUGGCGUCGUGAGGGAGCUUGUUCCACCAUUGGGGUGCCAGAGCAGCGAACAGUUUUGACUGGGCUGAGGGGGAGCUGUGCUUCCGCAGAGGAAGGGGAGCCAGCAGGCCAGAGGUGGAUGAACGCAAUGUCCUCGUUUGGGUGUAGGGACUGAUCAGAGCCUGAAGGUACAGGGGUGCCGUUCCCCUCACUGCUCCAAAGGCAAGCACCAUGGUCUUGUAGCGGAUGCGAGCUUCAAUUGGAAGCCAGUGGAGUGUGCGGAGGAGGGGGGGUGACGUGAGAGAACUUGGGAAGGUUGAACACCAGACGGGCUGCGGCAUUCUGGAUGAGUUGUAGGGGUUUAAUGGCACAGGCAGGGAGCCCAGCCAACAGCGAGUUGCAGUAGUCCAGACGGGAGAUGACAAGUGCCUGGACCAGGACCUGCGCCGCUUCCUGUGUAAGGCAGGGUCGCACUCUCCGAAUGUUGUAGAGCAUGAACCUGCAGGAGCGGGUCACCGCCUUGAUGUUGGCGGAGAACGACAGGGUGUUGUCCAGGGUCACGCCUAGGCUCUUCGCACUCUGGGAGGAGGACACAGCGGAGUUGUCUACCGUGAUGGCGAGAUCAUGGAACGGGCAGUCCUUCCCGGGGAGGAAGAGCAGCUCCGUCUUGCCAGGGUUCAGCUUGAGGUGGUGAUCCGUCAUCCAUACUGAUAUGUCUGCCAGACAUGCAGAGAUGCGAUUCGCCACCUGGUGAUCAGAAGGGGGAAAGGAGAAGAUUAGUUGUGUAUCGUCAGCGUAGCAAUGAUAGGAAAGGCCAUGUGAGGAUAUGACAGAGCCAAGUGACUUGGUGUAUAGGGAGAAAAGGAGAGGGCCCAAAACCGAUCCCUGGGGGACACCAGUGGUGAGAGCACGUGGUGCGGAGACAGCUUCCCGCCACGCCACUUGGUAGGAGCGACCGGUCAGGUAGGACGCAAUCCAGGAGUGAGCCGCGCCGGAGAUGCCCAUUUCGGAGAGGGUGGAGAGGAGGAUCUGAUGGUUCACAGUAUCAAAGGCAGCAGACAGAUCUAGAAGGACAAGAGCAGAGGAGAGAGAGUUAGCUUUAGCAGUGCGGAGAGUCUCUGUGACACAGAGAAGAGCAGUCUCAGUUGAAUGACCAGUCCUGAAACCUGAUUGGUUUGGAUCAAGAAGGUCAUUCUGAGAGAGAUAGCAAGAGAGUUGGCUAAAGACGGCACGCUCAAUAGUUUUGGAAAGAAAAGAAAGAAGGGAUACUGGUCUGUAGUUGUUGACAUCAGUGGGGUCGAGUGUUGGUUUUUUGAGAAGGGGAGUAACUCUCGCUCUCUUGAAGACGGAAGGGACAUGGCCAGCGGUCAAGGAUGAGUUGAUCAGCGAGGUGAGGUAGGGGAGAAGGUCACCGGAGAUGGUCUGGAGAAGGGAGGAGGGGAUGGGGUCAAGCGGGCAGGUUGUUGGGCGGCCUGCAGUCACAUCUACACACCAUACCCCAUAAUGACAAAGUGAAAACCUGUUUUUAGAAAUGUUAGCACAUUUUUUGAAAAUGAAAUUCAGAAAUAUCUCAUUUACGUAAGUAUUCACACCCCUGAGUCAAUACAUGUUAGAAUCAACUUGGCAGCGAUUACAGCUGUGAGUCUUGCUGGGUAAGUCUCUAAGAACUUUACACACCUGGAUUAUGUUUUUGCUUAUUAUUAUUUUCUAAAUAAUGUCAAAUUGGUUGUUGAUCAUUGCUAGACAACCAUUUUCAAGUCUUGCCAUAUAUUUUCAAGCAGAUUUAAGUCCAAACUGUAACUUAGCCACUCAGAAACAUUCAAUGUCUUCUUGGUAAGCAACUCCAGUGUAUCUCUGUACCCUACACAUACAAUUAUCUGUAAGGUCCCUCAAGACAUUUCAGCUUUUCAUUUUUUAUGAAUUUUGUUACAAUUUCUAAAAACAUAAUUCUACUUUGACAUGAUGGAGUAUUGUGUUUAGGCCAGUGACACAACAUCUCAAUUUAAUCCAUUUUACAAUUCUGGUUGUAACACAACAAAAUGUGGAAAAGUUGAAGGAUGUGAAUACUUUCUGAAGGCACUGUAAUUGUUACCCAGGAAUGAUUUGAUAUUAAUAUAAAAACGGCUGCAUUGGGCCUUUAAGUAAUUUCCAUGCACUUCAGUUGUGUCCCUGGCCUUUUUCAUUCUGUAAUUUCAAUCCACACUAAUCGAAGUGACAAGAAUGUAGCCUUUAUACUCUAGAAGGGCACUAGAGCGCCAAGGAGAAUAGGCUGCACUGAAACUUCACCUCUGCUCUCACUGCCUAGCUCUCCAGUAGCAACCUAGCAGCUGUGUAUAAAUGUGUUGUAAAAGCCCUGGUUGUCUUAAUGCCUUAUCACUGUUGUGUCUGAGAUCGGGAGGACAGGGCAAUGGGCCAAAUGUCGGUGUCACUCCAACAGCCUACGCUUUUCAUAAGAGUUGAUUUACAGGCUGACUGUAUGCUUACAUUUACAUUUACAUUUUAGUUAUUUAGCAGACGCUCUUAUCCAGAGCGAUUUACAGUAGUAAAUGCAUACAUUUUCAUACUUCUUUUUUCUCCAUACUGGUCCCCCGUGGGAAUCGAAGCCACAACCCUGGCGUUGCAAGCUCCAUACUCUACCAACUGAGCUACACGGGACUUGUCUGCAAACACUAUUUCUUCCUAAACUAGGCCCAGGCAGAAUGCCCUUACAGAAUGCAAUUUCAAGUGAAAGGUCUGUUUAGUGUUGUUAUACUGCUAUUACUUAACUAAAUAACCAUCCCCCCCCCCCCCCCGUCCGUCCUCGUAGCCCUUUGUGAUCCACGACAUGGACUCGUUGCACCAGGCUGAGAAUGGGCUGGUGUGGAACCAGCUGAUCAACGGGACGCCGCCCAACAAGGAGAUAGGGGUGCACGUGUUCUACCGCUGCCAAUGCACCACGGUGGAGACGGUCAGGGAGCUCACGGAGUUCGCCAAGAGCAUCCCCGGCUUUGUAGACCUCUUCCUCAACGACCAGGUAUAUACAGGAACACAACAAUUAAUCAGUCGUUAUCAAUCGAGACCCAGGUACUGUAAAGCAACAUUCAAUCAAAUCAUCAAUCCAGAGUUUUGAUGUCCAAGUUUGGUAAGUCAUUGUACAGCCAGGAAUCUAAUCUAUAAUUGGCUAUGUAACAUUAUAGAACAUGUAUACAUGCUUGACAAAAUCCCAGUUAAAAACAUUUGAGAUAUUGGACAGUGAUAUUCAGGCUGCUGUUCUCCCUCCCCCCACCAGGUAACGCUGUUGAAAUACGGCGUGCACGAGGCCAUCUUCGCCAUGCUUCCCUCGCUCAUGAACAAGGAUGGGCUGCUAGUGGCCAACGGGAAGGGCUUUGUGACCCGGGAGUUCCUGCGCAGCCUGCGGCGGCCUUUUAGCGAGAUCAUGGAGCCCAAGUUUGAGUUUGCCGUUAAGUUCAAUGCCCUGGAGCUGGAUGACAGUGACCUGGCCCUGUUUGUGGCCGCCAUCAUCCUCUGUGGAGGUAUGUGCUGGUUCUAUCAUAGUACUACCGUUAGAACUCAGUACUAUGCUGCCACAAUAUACUGGCACUGUCAUAAUAACCCUAACCAUUCUACUAUCAUAAUAAGCUUAACUAACGUAACUAAGCCAAGCUGAGGUUAAUGCUGAAGUCAAGUUUAGAACGGGCUUGCAUACAAGUUUGUUUUCUACCAGUUGACAUACAGUAUACUUACCCCUUCUACUGCUCCUCUCCCUCCCCCUCUGUUCUCUCCUCCUCCCAGACCGUCCGGGGCUGAUGAACAUCAAGCAGGUGGAGGAGAUUCAGGACAGCAUCCUGCAGGCCCUGGACCAGCACCUGCUGGGCAACCACGCUGACUCACAUUACCUCUUCCCCAAGCUGCUCAACAAGAUGGCCGACCUGCGCCAGUUGGUCACAGAGAACGCCAUACUGGUCCAGAAGAUUAAGAAGACUGAGUCAGAGACCUCACUUCACCCGCUGCUGCAGGAGAUCUACAAGGACAUGUACUGACUGGACUGAACUGGACCGCACUGGUUUUAGCUUCCUAGAACAGCGGUGGUGUUCACUCACUCCUUUCCUGUGAGUGGGAGUCACGGGUGCAUGUUUUUAUUCCAGCCCAGAACUAACACACCCGACUCAACUCCUCAGCCAAUCAAUCACGACCUUGAUCAGUUGUCAAGUGUGUCAGCGUUUUAUUCUAACGUUUUUAAUAAAAGCAUGAGGAAAACGGAUACCUGAAUUGGCAAUGUGCAGACUGGGGGGAGUAAUGACUAUGAAUAUAGCUGCACACUCUUGUUCCGAUGCAAUUGAUUUAUAAAGAAUCACCAUAGUUUGGGCAGCAAGCUGCCUUCAUCAGGGUCUCUUGACUGUCUCUGGACUGGAUGGAAUGACAUAUUUAGAACAUAUACUGAUUGGGAAUGGAGCAAUGGACUAAUGGGAGAUAUACAAAGUAACACACUCUACCACAUAUUAAACAUGUGUGGAAAUGGUUGGGUGUCCCAAAUAUAAGCUGAUUUUGAGCUGUUUCAAGACAUAAUCGAUGCAGUUGUAUAGCAGGCUUUUAACUGUGGUUGGACAGGACUGACAGUUGACAGGCUUGUAGUGUCCUGCUCUCAACGUGGUGACGGUGCAGAGGUAUUCCAGGAGAAUAGCAAACAGCUCCCCAACCAACGCCACAACAAAACCAAGACUCCUCAUUUUCCCCAUCUAUUUUUCGACCGAUGAUCUGCGUUGCUAUUUUUAUACAACAGAUUUUUGUAGUCUCUCCCAAUCGCGAGUGUUUUUUACAACGGUCAACCCAUUCUUAACCCUGCAAUUCAGGGUUAUCACCAGACUGUUCUGCCAUUGUUGUUUGUGCUACAAACUCUCUGAGAGGUCGUGAUGCUGAUAUUCAGAAAAAUGCUGGUUCUGCUUGCCUGUACAAAUAAGAGGGUCGUCGGCAACCAUGGGUGUCCCCUUUCCCAUUCCUAAGGCCCUUACACUGGUAUAAGCUAACACCAAACCCCCUUAACUCUCCUUUCCUCAUAUGGAUACCUUCAGUACAAAUUCACACUCGUAAACCUCCCAAUUAUCUGCCAAUCAUAGAACGGAUUUGAUUGAUAACUCACAACCCCCCUUCCAUGUCACUCCCCCAGAGACUGUGUCUGAUAGUAGGAGCAGUUAAUAUUUGUAGAUACCCCCCCCCCUCCUCCUGUUAGACCAGGAAGCACAUGGACAUACUCAGUCAGUCUCACUUCUCAAUGGACACAUACAUUUAUAGAUUCUUACAACCUCCUAACCUCAAUACCUUUUGUUUUCUUUUGUGUACAACUGUUGGGUCUAAAACCAUGGGGCGAUUCUGUGUUGUCACACUGUGAAGGUUAACCUGACCACAGGGUCUGUGUAAGAUGUCUCCGUGCAUGAUUUUACUUAUAUGUUUAAGUUAGAUUACUUAAUUAUGUAUAAUUGGAAGUAUUAUUUGUAUGUAUUCUUUCAGCCAGGCGGUGUUCUGUAACCUGCGCACUGUCGAUAAGCCAAACUCUGAAGCCGGUCGCAUGCUUUCCAGUCGAAACAGUUCACGCAUAUACACUUUUGACCGGUAGUGUAUUACGACAAACUUUAUUGACGGUUUUGUUUGUUUUGUUGUUCGGUAGGGUUUUUUCCGGCUGUUCCCACACACAUUUUUUCUUGAGGCAAGUCUAAGUUCGGUAGCCGACGCGUACGCCCCUUCAUCGGUGAUAGGUCAACAGUAGGGGUGGGAACUAUGAACGGGAUUGUUAAAUGAAGUGUUUGCUGUCAUUCAACGAGAGCACAGCAGCAGCUUAUUGUCUGCACUGCACUACUAGUUUUCAUGCACAUUAUUUCACUUGAAGUACUGCACCAAACAUCUUAGUCGUGCAAUUCUACAUCUAAGACCUCCUCGGCAAAAACUUCAAUUUUCUAUUUUGAAGAAGUGUUACUGGCUAUGCUGCUAUGGUGGCUCAAGAGGAAUAAAUAACAGUAAUAUUGCUGCUUUUUUUCUCUUUUUUCAAGAGAAGGACUUAAGGGAGUAUGCGAGCACAAACAUUCGCUUCGCCUAGCCGAGUUCUGCUAGGAGCAAACCGAACCUAUGUAUGCGGAUGCCUUAACAGUACAUUUCUCAUAUGAUGAGCUUCCCUCUCUUUCCUUCUUUCCCUCUCUUCUCAUUCUUCCGCAGAGUAUGGUGCGAAGGACAACUAUCGGUCACUCGCACAGUCUAACUUCAGACAGGGAAUGAACCAUUUUGUAAUACUUAGAGAAAAAUGGAUCCUCCUUUAGUUGCUUCGCUCCUCCUUUCCCUCUUUCACUUCCUCACUGGUCUGAAAGGCCUGAUCAAGUGAAAUCAAUACAGCAAAGACUUCUGUAGAACUUCCACCAUAUAGACUUUACCUAUCCAUUUAUUUUAGAUCAGUGAUCAACUGAAGGGAGUUGAAAUGCAUGCCAACGGUUAAGACGUCACUGCUAGAAAUAUAUUGACUUGAUCUAUUGCUCUGGACAAACCAUCAGAAUUCUGAAGCUGUUGGAGUUCUUAGAUGCAGGGGGACCAAUCUAUUUUGCCAUGAGAGGAAAUUGGUUUAUCCUCAUUCUUUAGGUCAACCAAUUAUGGUAACUGAUGAAAUACUGCAUUUCCUACAUAGCAAUUAUUUAAGUGAUAUGCAAAUCAAUGUAUGUUUCUAUUUUUAUUAUUUUCUAUAUUGUGACAUAGAAUUACUGCAAAAAUGUUUGUAUUAGGGGAGGACAUAUGUGACUCCUUGCCUAUACAGUAGAUGGGUUGCCAAAUUGUUACAUAGAUAUCUCUUGAAUAAGCGCUUCAGCUGUCUAUUUCAGCUCACAGGAAGUUGCUCAAGCACAACUCAUUGAUCUGAUGCUGAUGACCUACAGCAGAAAUGUUCACACAAUGCUGCAUUGGCCAUGUUCUGUUGCCAAGAUGAGGAUGAUGAUGAUGAUGAUGAUGAUGAUGAUGAUGAUGAUGAUGAUGUGAAAAGUGUUCAACCACCUGAUCUGGUUACAGUACUCUGUAUCCACUUGGAGUCAGUGUACCCUGGGGGGGGGGGGUCGUUUUUCCCCCUGUGCACACCUUUUUCUUCAUCUAACAAGUCUUCCUUUCUCUCAGUAUGAAUAUUCUUCUAUUUUCUUCUGCUUUUUGUCUGAUGCCCCUGGUGUCACAGACCACCUGUGGUUAUUAUUAAACAUUUAUUGACACUUUUGUGUCAGUAAACUUUUAGCGAUAUGGUUUGGUGCUGUACUGUUCUAAGUAACUGUCCAUGCUCUUUUCUGACUUCUCGCAGUCAAAUGACUAUGCCGCCCCCUCUGAAUUCACUUAACUUGCAGCACUGUUACCUAACUAAAGAAGUUGUCAAUUAAAAACCCUUCUCCUUGUUGCGUUUCAGUUUUUGUUUUUACAUUUCCUUGUUACUUUUCAGUUACUGA